UGUCCCGUGAAGCCUCGUAGGAACUGGCAUUCGUACAGUUACGGUUCUGUCUGAGUGCGGUGAUACGUUCGAUCGUGUGGUUGCCAUAUUAGUUCGUAACUAUUGGUAGACAUAUUAGUCGGAUAACUACUUCGCCUUUCCUAGUAACACAGUAUUCUACCGAUAAUUUUUAAUCUGCUUUUGCAUCGACGGUUGCUAAAGGGAUAGCCGUGACAUUUUCGCACUUGCAGCAAACUAGAACAGUCGCGUACAGUAUGGGAAACACCGAAUCAACUCUAGAAGCGCAGCCGGUGACAUUUGAAUUUGGGGCACAGCAGAGUCCUGGCUGUGUACGUGAAGUAGCCGUAACAAACUUUGUGACAACCAAGGCUACGUUUACAUGGAAUGUGCAUCAGCUGAGGAAUUGGCCAAAAGGCACUUUUGAAGCCUCAUCACCACCGUUUGUCCACCCCAGUGCGAGUAUGUGGAGCAUGCACCUGUCCAAAGACAGCCACGAAUCCGUCCAUCUUGGUUUCAUACUGGUCUCUUCUGAGAAGGGAGCACCUGUGAGAGCCAGCAUAAAGACAAAGGCCAAAUCCAAAGCCAGUCAAAUAAAAGAGCUGCCCGCCAUAGAGUCUGAACUGUUCAAAGUGGGUGAGGUGAUGAGGAAGCAGAUCCUGCAAGGCUUCACCCUACCUAAGGAUGCACAGUCAGACAAGUUGCUGCUCGAAAGUGAGGUGUCAGUGGUGUGCAGUGUUGUGGAGUCAGCUCCUGGGACCACCAACACUCUCAAGGAUGACUUGGCAACACUGCUAAAGCUGAAGGAAGAUGCCGAUGUCACGCUGUUGGCCGGUUCCAGUAAAGUGUCGCUGAUGGCACACUCGACGCUCCUACGCGCACGCAGCAGAGUCUUUGCCUCCAUGUUGCAGUCACCUGAGGUUGCCACUAAGUCAGGCUACAUGUUUCACAUGCGGGAAGUGGAGCCACGUGUGGUCAAGGAGCUUCUUUGCUACAUCUACACUGACCAGACUCCGUCAAUCUCUGAGAUGCCGGAGGAGUUGCUUGCCCUCGCCAACAGAUAUGAUCUGAUGGGCCUGAAGAGGCGCUGUGAACUGGAGCUGUGUCAGAGGCUGACGGUAGGCAACGCUGCACGGACCGCAGUGCUAGGCGUGAAACACUCCUGCCUGACACUGCUGCAGAUGACAGUGCCAUUCAUCGAGCAGAGGUAUGCUGAAGUGAUGGGCACUCCUGGCUGGGCUGUUGCCGUCCGCACCGACCCUGAAGCCAUGGCUACUGUCAGCCAGUUCAUCUCUGAUGCUGCCAGGGGGGAGUACAGAAUAAGACUCUGAUUUCACCAGCUGCAUUUCACUGUCGAUAGUCACUGGCCGGUAAGAAAAUAAAAUCCUGCUCUCCGAAUACUCAGUUCUCCUGGCUGGGCGACACUAACCUGCACCGAUCCCGGAGCAGCAUCUACUAUCUGCUGGAUCAUUUCUGAUGUUGCCAAUGGGGGGCAGAAUCAAAUUGAACUUUGAUUUCAGUGACGGUGCUCUACUGCAGCUAGUCACUAAUUGGUGAGGAAAUAAAAUAUUUCUUGCCAAAUAAUUGGCUCUCCUUAAACAGAAGCAGGGCUUCAAAAUACUGCUACAUGAACAGGAAAUUGGCACCCAUUUUGAACAAAUUAAUAAAUGUUUGGAAAUUGUUUUUGCCCUGUGAAACAGUCCAGGAGAGGGGGACGGGGGAUUUGUGCUAAGGUGUGGAGACAGGUCUGUUGUGCACUCUGUGGUGGUUUCCUGUAUGUCUUAUAAUCUCACAUUGUCUGAUCUGAAAAACUGUGAUAGAACUUAAGAGUAGCUAGUAACCUAUAUCAUUGAAGAUUGAUGUCAUGUUAUUGAUAAUAGUCCUCAUAGAGUAUUUAUGACCUUGGGCCAUUACAUCUGCAAAUUCAUGAAAAUGUUAUAAUCCAAUUUCAGAUGUUGAAUUUAUCAUCAUCUACACACUUUUCACAUUUGUCGUAUUUUCUCAACAUUACUUAACAACUUUAUUUGCUUGUAUUGCUUUGUCAGUAUCUAUAUUUCAAGUAUUUAUGUCCCUUCUAUCCAAGUUGCCACUUUCUUCCAUCAGUGUAAUUCCUCGUUACUUAAAAGUGUUUCUGACAGCUGUAAUUCAUUAUUUUUUCCAUUUCUUUUCUUAUUUCUAAAAUAAAGAAUUUUGUUGAUUUCUUUUUUCCAGAAAUGUAUGAAUACAUUUUUGGUAUGCUGUUCUCACUCUGUCAGUGAAGACCCUGAGAAAAUAUUAAUGUCUGUUGACCAUGUUAUUACUUGUAAUUUUUCUGCCUCAUUAAAUACAAGCAGGGCUCCAAAGUAGUACUACAUGAACAGGAAACCUGUUCACAAUUUGAAUAAAUUAAUAAACUGGAAAUUGGUACUGCCCUGUGCAAUAA